ACUUUUCUUGCUAUAUUGUCAGCUUGUGGUCAUGCUGGGUUUAUUGAUGAAGUUAUCAAGUUUUUUAAUGAAAUGAGAUCCAAGUACGGAAUCAAGCCUAGUGUUGAACACUACUCGUGCUUGAUUGACGUUCUUGGGAGAGCAGGUCUGUUGCUUGAAGCUUACGAGAUUAUUCAACAAAAAAACAGAGACAAGGGAUAAUGCAGAGCUUCUCAGAACUCUCUUCUCCGCCUGUUGCUUGCACCGGGACCAUUCAUUGGGAGAUAGAAUCGCAAGGUUACUUUUGGAGAGAUAUCCAGAUGAUGCAUCAACCUACACGUCCUUGUUCAGUUUGUAUGCUUCUGGUGAGUCAUGGGAUGCAGCAAGGGAAGUCAAACUGAAGAUGAAAGAAGUGGGACUGAAGAAGAAGCCUGGCUGCAGUUGGAUUGAGAUUAAUGAACAAGUGUGCCACUUCUUUGCUGAGGACAGGUCUCAUCUACAAGCUGAGAAUGUUUAUGAAUGUCUUUCCCUUUUAAGUGGCCAUAUUGAAGCUAGUCAAUGAUUACUCUACCUGUUGUUGUAUCUGUCCCAAGACAAUAACAUGUCAGGCAACACAUAGCGCACUUCCUGGCGAGUUUACCUUGUGUUACCUAGCUAGAGCCACUCUGUAAUUAAAGAUUAUGGCCUCAGGUUUCUUCCAAAUGUAUGCUCGUAUAGUGGCUAACCUCAUAUCUGGAAACGAGACCUGGAAAUCACAGAAUCAGCUUGUUAAGACCAGAGUCAACAUGUUCUUGUAAGGUGAAAACCUCUCAAAUUCGAUAAAAUGUAGAAGUAGAUAAGAGGUCUACAUUUUUUGAAAAAUGUAAAGGAUAUAUGUGAACUAAAUUUUUCGAAAAGUCAACGGUUAUCAGAUUUAAUGUGUAUAGAUUCAAAUUUAACACGUCUCUGUUCGUCAUGAAAGACUAAAGAAACCUUGUAUACGAAUGGGAUAGUGGGAGGACGCUCCUCGAGGAAAAAAAGAAGAAACAGAGUGACAUAGAGAGAGAGAGAGAGAAAGACAGUGGAAGAUGUUCCAUUUCUGAAAUCAAGACCAUCAUCAUUCAUCACCAGACAAAAACAGUGUUCAAUCAUUUGACAAAGCCUUCCGCUUUCCAACUCAUACCUUUUUUCAAAAAUCAAAACUUGUGUUGGGUUGUUGUAUUGUCUCUCACUUGCUGGAUCUUUUGCCUCUGAGAAGAUAGCAGAAGUUGGAUCUCGUUUCAUUUGAGCUAAAGAAAAAUGUUAAUUUCAGCUGAAAAAGAAGAGAUCUUGAUCUCUCAAUCUCCAGUUAGCUCAAUGUCGGUCCCUGAAUCGCCACAACCUGUUCCUUUGGUCUACACCGAUGUAACUGUUGUUCCUGAGCAUGAAAGAAAUGAGCUUGAAAAGUCAAUAUCAAGCCUCGAAGGGGAGGUUUUGGAACUGAAGUCAAAGCUAAAGUCAUUGGAUGAAAAGAGAAAGGAAGUUCUGAAUAAGAUUAUAGACACUAAAGGAAGCAUACGUGUGUUUUGUAGAGUUAGGCCAUUUCUAUUGACGGAAAGGAGACCGAUCAGGGAGCCUGUUUCGUUUGGAUCAGACAAUGUUGUUGUAAGAUCUGCUGGUGUUCGAAAGGAGUUUGAGUUUGAUAAAGUUUUCCAUCAAUCAGCAACUCAAGAAGACGUUUUUGGAGAAGUAAAACCGAUUCUUAGAUCUGCACUUGAUGGUCACAAUGUAUGUGUCUUAGCAUAUGGUCAAACUGGGACAGGAAAGACUUUCACCAUGGAUGGCACAAACGAGCAACCAGGCCUGGCUCCUAGAGCUAUUAAGGAGCUUUUCAAUGAAGCUUCAAUGGAUCAUACACAUUUGGUGACUUUUACGAUGAGUAUGCUGGAAAUCUACAUGGGUAACUUGAAAGAUCUGUUGUCUGCAAGACAGCCUCUGAGGUUUAAUGAAGCCUCAACUAAAUGCAACCUCAAUAUUCAAGUAGACUCUAAGGGUUCGGUGGAAAUCGAGGGGUUGACUGAAGUGGAAGUGCCGGAUUUCACAAAGGCUAGAUGGUGGUACAACAAAGGAAGACGAGUCAGAUCAACUUCUUGGACAAAUGUGAAUGAAGCUUCAAGCAGAUCUCAUUGUUUAACAAGGAUUACAAUCUUUCGUCGAGGGGAUGGUGUGGGGUCAAAAACUGAAGUUAGCAAGCUUUGGAUGAUAGAUCUCGGAGGAAGCGAGAGGCUCUUAAAAACCGGUGCAAUAGGGCAGACUCUGGAUGAAGGAAGGGCCAUAAACCUCUCACUUUCUGCUCUUGGAGAUGUGAUUGCAGCUUUAAGAAGAAAGAAGGGACAUGUGCCUUACAGAAACAGCAAGCUAACUCAAAUCCUUAAAGAUUCUUUAGGUACUAGAUCAAAGGUUCUGAUGCUUGUGCACAUAAGUCCACGUGAUGAAGAUGUCGGUGAAACAAUUUGCUCUCUGAGCUUUACAAAACGUGCUAGAGCCAUAGAGUCUAACAGAGGAUUAACAGACGAACUUCGAAAACUAAGAGAAAAGAAAAUAUCAGAACUUGAAGAAGAAAUGCGAGACACUCAAGAGAGUUGCAAGAAGAUCAUAACACGCUUACAGGAAGCAGAGUGUCUGCUAAGUGAUAACAAGAAACUCUUGCGGACCACUCAUGAGAAGUAUGAAGAAGACAUCGAAGAGAAACUUCUUUCGCCUAUAAAUCAUCUGAAAGAGAGCGAUGCAACCCCAAAAUCAUCUGAUAAACUUGUCAAAAUAAGUAAGAGUUCAGGGUAUGUCCCACGUUUCAUGACUUCAACUGUUACUAGUCGUCUAAGGCAAACAAUGUCAGAGAAGGAAAUCAAUGCAAGGCCUCAGAGCAUAAGAUCAGUUGCUAAAACUCUUACUCAGCUUUCCACUUCUCAGUCGCUUAGCCUCUCUGACUCACGUAGCAGAGGUCUCCUUCGAAGAUCAUACACAAAGCCACUUCAAGCUGCAGCUAACAGUGGAACACCAGAAACGCCUAAAAGGGAUGCCAAAGACACUUCUUUACAGAGAAAGAAUAUCAGUGAUACUCCAAAGAGCAAAAUGGUUACAUCGUCAGAUCCAAAUGUCAGAGCUAAACUUUGUUACCACAGGCGGAGAAUGUCAAGCUUGACAUGAUCUAACAUAAGUCAAUCAAGAACCAGGUCUUUCUUUUUUCUUUUUACAUGCCUUAUGAAUUUGCGAGUUCUAGUCUAGGGUGAUGAUCCAGUUGCGAGUUGAGGACCAGUGGCACUUGUGGAUGUUGCAGUUCUGGUUUUAUAAGGACACAACACUCAAGUUACUCUUUGUUCUUACAGCUGAGAGCUUGCCUAUAUGUUUUGUUUUGUGUGGGACUAUUUUCUCAAAUAUUUCUUUGGGUUGGUGUUAGCUUUUGAUUUUGGAUGUUCUUAUGGUGUUGACAGAAACUGAAUCAUAAUUAAUACUUCAGAUUCAGUCUUAUUUGGGAGUUUCAAAGAGAGGCGUGAAAGGCUUGAUGUUUUGUUUUGUAAUCUUUUGAAGUUCGUGAUGAAACAACAGAAUACAACAUUCCUACUCAUGUAACAAGUCUUUAAUUAUACAAUUUGAUACA